AUAUCUUCUCCCCAGCUCAUGCGGCUACACAGUGUAUAGAUAACUCAUAUGUUGCUCGUAUUAGACUGUACCGAGUGCAGGGCGCGCGCGCUGGACACCGUUUUACGCGCUGUUGUGUAAAUGGCUCUAGACGUUGGAGGAAAUAGGGCGGUCAAAGUGUGACGGUAAACAGCGACCGUUUCACUCUUAAUACUCAGCUCUUCUGAGUCCUGCACGUGUGACUUAGCGCAGCUCCCGCAUGCUUGAAAAGACCUCCGCGCACUUGAUGCCCGCUUUGGUGAUGCCAUGCCCCGGAACCACAGCGGAGACGAAGGCGGCACCGGGCUCUGGAUGAGGACUUCACCGGGGCACCGUACCGAAGGCUACGGCUUGAAAGAUGUGGAAUCCGGUCGGAAGAUGAUGAACAACGCGGGAGACGGUUUGUUGUCAGCCUCCGCGGCAGCAGGUGCUGCCGGGUCCGACAGCCUGCGGGGGAAGCAGGGAGCCCGGCUCAGCCUGCUGGGGAAGCCGCUCAUUUACAGCGCACAGAGCGGCCGGAGGAACGUGCGCUACCGGCGCCUCCAAAACUACCUGUACAACGUGCUGGAGAGACCGAGAGCCUGGGCGUUCAUCUACCAUGCGUUUGUGUUCAUCCUGGUUUUCAGCUGCCUUGUCCUUUCUGUGUUCUCCACCAUCCCUGCUCAUCAGGAAUUCUCCUCCUACUGUCUCCUCAUCCUGGAGUUUGUGAUGAUCGUGGUGUUCGGGUUGGAGUACAUCAUCAGGAUCUGGUCGGCGGGAUGCUGCUGUCGCUACAGAGGGUGGCAGGGACGCCUCCGCUUUGCCCGGAAGCCUUUCUGCGUCAUAGACAUCAUUGUGCUGAUAGCGUCAGUUGCCGUGGUGUCAGCUGGUAGCCAGGGCAACAUCUUCGCCACCUCAGUCCUGCGGAGCCUUCGUUUCCUGCAGAUCCUCCGCAUGGUGCGGAUGGACCGAAGAGGAGGAACCUGGAAGCUGCUGGGCUCGGUGGUCUACGCACAUAGCAAGGAGCUGGUGACCGCCUGGUACAUCGGCUUUUUGGUCCUCAUCUUCUCUUCGUUCCUUGUCUACCUUGUGGAGAACAAGUUCAACAAGGACUUUGCAACCUACGCUGAUGCCUUGUGGUGGGGCACGAUCACUCUGACAACGAUUGGCUACGGAGACAAAACACCAAAGACAUGGACAGGACGGAUGCUCUCUGCAGGGUUUGCUCUCCUGGGCAUCUCCUUCUUUGCCUUGCCAGCAGGUAUUCUGGGCUCAGGUUUUGCCCUGAAGGUUCAGGAGCAGCACAGACAGAAGCACUUUGAGAAAAGAAGAAACCCAGCAGCCUACCUCAUCCAGUGUGUUUGGCGUAGUUAUGCGGCUGAUGAGAACUCGGUUUCCAUUGCUACCUGGAAGCCUCACUUGAAGGCGUUGCAUACCUGCAGCCCUACAAAGAAGGAGCAGGGAGAGUCCACCACCAGUCAGAAGUUGAGCUUCAAGGAGCGGGUGAGGUUGGCAAGCCCAAGGGGUCAGAGCAUCAAGAACAGGCAGACAGCCUCUGUGAAUGACCGGCGCUCUCCUGUGGCUGAGGGUGGGACGGAGGGAACCAGUCCUGCCAAGGUACAGAAGAGUUGGAGCUUCAAUGACCGCACGCGCUUCAGACCCUCACUCCGCCUUAAGAGCCAGUCGCGCUCCACAACUGAUGCAGCAGACUCCAACAUGGCCAAUGAUGAUGCUUUUGAUGAGAAGGGAUGUCACUGUGAGAUCUCAGUGGAGGACCUGCUGCCAUCAGUCAAAUCUGUCAUUAGAGCCGUCAGGAUAAUGAAGUUUCAUGUGGCCAAGAAGAAGUUUAAGGAGACGCUGCGUCCUUAUGAUGUCAAAGACGUGAUCGAGCAGUACUCUGCCGGUCACCUGGACAUGCUGUGUCGAAUCAAGAGCCUUCAGACCAGACUGGACAUGAUAGUAGGCCCACAGACCCUGAGCAGCCGAGCCAAGACGUUCUCUACCCCCUCCCUGCCUGUUUAUUACAACCAGGGCAGAAAGAACUCCACACAGGGGGUGGACCAAAUCCUCGGGAGAGGCCAGAUCCCUCUGGAUAAGAAGAUUCGAGAGAAGCUGCUGUCUGAUGGAGAUAUUUUGGAGGAUAUGAGCAUGCUGGGUCGUGUCUGUAAAGUGGAACGGCAGGUCCAGUCGAUUGAGUCAAAGCUGGACUCCCUGCUCGACAUUUACCGUCAGGUUUUACGUAAAGGUUCAUCUUCAGCCCUCACGCUCUCCUCUCUGCCCCUUUUCGAGCUGGAACAGACUUCUGACUACCACUCCCCCGUCUUUAGCAAGGACCUGUCCUGCUCCACCCAGGUUAGCAGCAGUGGAGUGCCUCCCCCUAGUGGCUGUGUCUCACGCUCCUCUACCAACUCCCAUCUCUCCAAGGGAGGACUUCAUCUAAUCCUUGCACCGCCAAAUGAGCUCAACCUCAAUCUCAAUGCCUCUUCCUCAACGCCUCCCUCCAACCUUGCAUCCUCUUCUUUCAGCCCAUCACCGCUGCCUCACCAUCAUCACCACCACCAUCAUCCACAUUAUCCUCGCCAUCAUCACAGCCAGGCUCAAGCCACCACACCUGAAAGCGGUACUGAUGAGGCUGUGGGUAGCGCUUCACCGCUCCUCACUCCAAACAGCGUUAGCAGUGGCGGCGGUGGAGUUGCCGAUGGAGGAUUUCCUCUUCUAGCGAGACUUCCACCACCACCCCCUCCCAACCGUAGUGGGCAGCCCCUGGUGCCACCAGUCCUGGGCUGCUGCUCUGGCCCCAACAAGAUGGACUGUGGCAUGGGCAAGUCCAUGUCAGUGCAGGACCUGAUGAAGACAGCUCCAGGAACUGUCCAGGACACCCACCACAGCCACAGUCUGUCAUCUCCAAGCCCAAGUACAAGCAGUGACUCCCCUGUUGGCUUCCACAGCGGCAGCCAAGACCCCGGGGGAGGAGGGGGUGGUGGGAGUAAUGUAAGCAGGAGCGGUGGAGUUGGAUGGGGUGAGGAGGACCUCUUUAUCAGUGACAGGGAGAUAGAGACGCAGGGAUUUGACUUCCUGUCGUUGGGGGCUGCUGAGACCCCCUCCUACUCCUUAGAGCUCCAGAGGACAGGGAGCAGAUCAGGGGCAGGGUCCCGAGGUUCUAACAGUAGCCUGGCCAGUGGCCAUGCAUCUCCACCUUCUGCUGGCAGCACCGAAUUGCUGAACAUGCCGCAUGUGCGGCUAAAAUAAACUUGCCUACAAGUUAAGAAGGCACGGAUAUCUCACCUCAGAAAGACAAUUUUUAUCCUUUUUGGAGGGGAGCGGGAGGACGGGUGUUUCACAGGGGGGCUUAUUUUGUUUACUUUUAUGUUGAUCCAUUUGAUAAAAAUCACAGUAUUUUCAUACAGGCUGAUCAUAUGUGGCAUAUCGUUGCAUGAGUUACUCUUUGUUUCGAAGUAUGAUUGACGAAUCCAAAAUAAAAGAUGAAGGCUUUUAUAAUGAACACAGAAAACCCAAACCUGGCUGCCAAAGAUAUUUUGGCCGUAGAGACGGUUGGUUGUGUGAGAUCGAGACGCAGCAUGAGCAUUGCAUGUUUUCAGUCAAAGGUACUGAUUUAAGCAAGAAAGUUUACACUUGACUAAAUUAAAGGCAUGGACACUCUGACCAUAUGAUUGCAUCUUUUGUUUAGGGUGGAUAGAAUAUUCUGAUGUGGUCACAAUGGAUGCAUUAAGACUUCAGUAUCAGGCCCAAAAAAGGCAUCUGUCAAAGAGUUGAUCUGCUUGCUUAUUGGCAGAAAUCAACUCUCUAGUUCCUGGAUUAGCUUCCUAACUAUGGUGCCUAUUAAUUAUUCAGAGUAGAGCUACUCCCACCAGCCCAGGCUUAGCGUUCAUGCUUGGUCAACUGGCUCUACUUUCUGAUUGCAUGAUGGUUAAUUAAAAGGCUUCGCUCAGCUUAAAGUUUUACAAAUAUAAAACCUUAAUGGAAUAAAGAUUCUAACUAGAAAAUUUUCCUGUCUGUAGUUUUACCAAGGACUCUUAAAAAUGCUAAAUAUCAAAGACAUUGUUUUUAGGCUGCAGGCAAUCUCUGCAACCAUGGAUAUUAAAGCCCUUUGGGCUAAUGUUUGAUACGUCAAGGCGUCCAGUGAAACUUGUGAAAUACCGAAAAAUUGAUAAGCCAUAUCAAGACACUUGAAACGGUUUGACCGGAAAAUAGAUACAUGAGAAUGAUAAAGGAGUUAAACAUAUACAUAGUUGCACAACCAGAUCGCAUUCAAAUGAAGAUUUCGGUUUAAAGAGAUUAAUAUAAAGUCUGGGAUUGCAUCAUGGCAAACUGCUAAUUCCUCUUUUUGCCUGACAAGGUCUGUUCUACUUAUAACAACAAAAGCCAGACAAAAUCUGCAGCCAUAGUUAUGUUUACUAUAAAUUACUCCAGGGCAAAACUGACAAGGCUGGGCAGUGUAGCAUCAUAAUAUAAUAAUCCAGCCACCUGACUGGCUUCUAUAAUGAAGUGAAUGUUACUCCACAGAUGCCAGACUUUACAUUCUCUUUUUGUGCCAUCAUUUUAAUUUUAGACCCAGGAUGUUCUGUUCAUAAUAGGAAACUUGAAAAGCUUGAAGCUUGGAUCCUUAAUUAUGUGAAUGAUUGCAAUCCUCUACUUGUUAGUUUGGCUUUCCAAAAUCUUGUCAAAUAUACCACACACAAGUAUAAUUACAGUUAAUAUGCAACUUAGCUGCAGGACUCCAAUGCUUACCUUUUUGAUGAUUGCUGUCAUUGUGGCCAAUACAAAUUCUCUGCAUGUUUUUUUCUAUAGUUAUACAAAUUCAGUUAGCAGACUUGAAUUGUGAUUGAUUUACAGAAUCACUUAAAAUGAAAUCUGUUACAGUUUGCCCCAUAUAACUAAAAAAAACUUUGGAACUCUGAAAAGCCACCUUUCUGAUGCAUUUACUGCUAAAUAAAUAAAUAAAUAAAAUAUCAGAUCCUACAUUUAUGAGAUUACAGGGACCAAUGUCAUUGAUUCAUAAGCACUUCUUUUGGUGUAAGAUUCCAAUAAUGCUAAAGUUUUCUCUUGCAUUUGACCAUGGAAAGCAUUCAGAGUUUGCCCAAUAGGUGACUUCUCCUACUCAAUAAAAAUUUGUUAAACUGAGCCAAGAUUGCAUGUUUCAGCACAAUCAUAGUAAUACCAUUGUUAACAAUGACUACGUCCCUCCAUGUAGUCUGUCAUGUUUGUCAGUGACCAUUGUGGUAACAGAUUUUUAAAAAAGAAUAAUGUAGUCUGACCUCGGCUUGAUUUGAUUCAACCGUGUGUUUUGCAUCAUGGCAGUAUUAAAGUGAUUGGACACAACAGAUAAACAUUGGCUACUGAUAUCUGUUCAUGCCACAUUAUUUUAUUAUGGCUGGUGUUUGUCAACAGGGCUGAUAUCGCCCAGUACUGAUGUUAUACAGAUGCAUCUGUGCGUCCCUAAUGGUUUUAUAGGACAAAAAUGCACUGUCAUUUACUGAUUACCUACCCUACAAGGCAGUCAAAAAGUGAAUAUCUGGGCCCAAGUUCAAAAUAGAACACUUUAAGUGGAUUAAGACCCAUUCAAAAUCAAAAUAAAUUGCUUUUCGGCAAUAUUGGCCCAUAUCUUACACAUUAAUAGAAAAGCAAUAUGUCAGUUAAGGUCUAAAAAUGACUAGCAUUAUAUGACAUAAAUAAGUAAGAAAGUCACAAAACGAUGUCCAUACUGUGCUGCUAACAAAUCAAGACAUAAUAUAUUUCAGUUCCUAAAAUAGUCUUGAUUAAAUGUUGUACAGGUCCAUCUGAAAAGAAAGAAUACCAUGAGAAAGUUCAUUUUUUUCGCUGUGAUUUAAUUCAGGUUCAACUAAAAACAAAGUGCAAUAUUUCAAGACAUUUUUUGUUUAAAUCUUGACGAUUACAGCUUACAGCUCAUGAAAAUCAAAAAUCCACUCUCUCAAAGAAAAAGAGUAACGCUGACCUUUUGGAAAAUUACGCGAAUGUAUGCACACAGUACUUAGUUGGAGCUCCUUUAACACAAAUUACUGCUUCUAUGCCACAUGGCCCGGAGCCAAUCAGUCCAUGGCACUGUUGGGGUGUUACGAAGCCCAGGUUGCUCUGAUAGCAGCCUUCAUCUUAUCUGUAUUGUUGAGUCUGGUGUCUCUCAUCUUCCUCUUGACGUUUCCUCAGAGAUUCCCUCCACGCUACAGGUCAGGCCUGUUGACUGGUCAGUCAAACACAGUAACACCAUGGUCAGCAAACCAGUUUCUAGUGGUUCUGGCUUCACUGUGGACAGGUGUCAGGUCCUGCUGGAAAGGGAAAUCAGUUCUCUCCAUAAAGAUUCUUAUUAGAUGGAAGCAUGAAGAGCUCUAAAAUUUCCUGGUAGACUGCUGACAGCGUUGACUCUGGACUGAAAACACUGGACUUCAAGAACCUUGGAUUCUGUUGGAUUCCUCUCUGAUCUUCCUCCAGACUCUUUACUUUCAUCUAAAACAGGACUUUGGACCACUGAGCAAUGGUCCAGUUCUUUUUCUCCUUAACCCAGGUGAGACGCUGAUGACGUCUGUGGUUCAAGAGUGGCUCAACACUUGGGACACAAUGCUUGUGGCCAAUUUCCUGGACCCAUCUGUGUGUGGCAGCUCUUGAUCCACUGACCUCAGCCUCAGUCUACUCCUUGUGAAGCUCCUAUAAGUUCUUGAAUCUGCUUUGUUUGACAAUCCUCUUAAGGCUGCACUCAUCCCCACACUUUCCCUUCCAGUCAACUUUCCAUGAAUAUGCUUUGAUACAGCCUCUGAUAACAGCCUCGCUUUCAGCAGUGACUUUCUGUGGCUUACCCUACAUGUGGAGGAAUGCAAUGAUUGUCCUCUGGACAAGAGUCAAGUCAGCAGUCUUCCACAUGAUUGUGGUUGUGUGCACUGAACCAGAAUGAGAGAAUUACAG